UCUUACUUCCUCUCUUCAAUUCAAUUCCACAACACUUGAGCACGAAAACAAAAAAUUUACACCACCACUUCUACUAAUCUGAAUCCUCUUUUUUGACAUAACAACUCCACUCUUCUCUCUGGCUUCUAAAACAUGGUUGAUUUUGAGUGCAAAUCAAAGAUGCUCAACUCCAAGUCCCUCAAGCUUGCUUUCCAAGAAAAGCCCAUGCCCACUAUUCCCCAGGCUUCUUCCUUGCCCAAUUUGAGCCCACCUCUUAACUCAAAUGACAUCUCCCUAGCGUCGUCUAAUGCGUGUGCGGCUUACGACAACUAUCUCCGCCUCCCUCAGCUCAGAAGCCUCUGGGCCUCCAACGACUUCCCAAGCUGGCCCAACGAGCCCAUCAUAAAGCCCGCAUUGCAAGCCCUAGAGAUCACAUUCCGCUUACUUGCGACCGUGGUCUCAGACCCUCGUCCCUACUCGAACAAACGCGAGUGGGGCCGUAGGAUCGAGUCCCUCGCGACAACCCAAGUGCAGGUCAUCGCCAUGCUCCUUGAGGAUGAGGAGCGUAGCCCUGAGACACGUGGCAAGGCCCCGGUAACCGACAUCAACGACAUGAUCAAUCGAAGCUACAGCGAGGGAAGCUUGCUCCCACGGCUCGCCACGUGGCAAAAAUCCAAGGACACAGCAAAGAGGAUCCUUUCCACCGUGGAAUGUGAAAUGACGAGAUGCACCUACACGCUGGGUUUAGGGGAAGCAAAUUUUAACGGGAAGAAGAUUCUCCGUUACGACGCCGUUUGCAGGCCGAGCGAAUUGCACUCACUCGAAACGACGCCGUACGAUCACGUUGGAAACUACGAGAAUCGCACGCUACACGCGACGCACCAGAUCGUGGAGUGUUGGGCACGCGCCUCGCGCGGGCUGCUGGAGCGCGUGAGAUCAAUCGAGAGCGGGAAGUUCGACGAGGCGGCGAGUGAUUGCCACGCGCUGGAGAAGAUCUGGAAGGUUGUAACGGAGGUUGAGGACGCGCUGGUGAUGAUGGAUCCGGUGGAUUUCCUGAGGCUGAAGAGGUUGUUGGGGAUAAAAUCGUGUGGCGAAACGGCGCCGUUUUGCUUCCGAUCGGAGGGGGUGGUGGAGAUGGCGAAGGGGUGUAGAGAUUUAAGGGAGAAGGUGCCGGAGAUUUUGGGGGUGGAGGUUGAUCCGAAGGGUGGGCCAGGGAUGAUGGAGGCGGCGAUGAAGGUGUACGGGGAGAAGAGGGCGGAGAGGGUUCACGUGUUGCAGGCGAUGCAGGCGGUGGAGUCGGCGAUGAAGAGAUUCUUCUUCGCGUAUAAGCAGGUUGUGGCGGUUUUGAUGGGGAGCGCGGAGGCAAAUGGCAACGGAAACGGUUGUUGUGAGUCGUUAAGUCAGAUAUUCAUGGAACCAACUUAUUUUCCUAGUUUGGAUGCUGCUAAAACGUUUCUGGGGUAUUAUUGGGAAAAUAAUGAGGUUGUGAUUCCUUGGUAAAUUUACUUUUUACUGCUACACAUACACAAAAGGUUAAAAAGAAAGAAGAAAAAAGUCAAAAACUAUUCAUUCCUUUUUUUUUUUAUAUGAAUUACAUUAUGUAACAGGUUGAUUUAAUGAAUAUUUAUCUGUAAAGUAUUCAACUAUUCUUUGAA